AUAGCAGCACAGCUUAGUUACUACAAUUUGUUGAUUACCAAUCAUGUUUGGGCCAAUUCAUCUCUCUUGUCUCCUUGCUUUCCUUCCACUUCUUGGUGUAGUAGCUUUGACGAAUACAAACGAUUUUGUUGCUCUGAAGGCCUUGAUGUCUAACUGGGAUAACCACCCACCUAAUUGGGAUGGCGCCGAUCCAUGCGGGAGUGGUUGGGACGGGAUCACCUGCACAAAUGAUCGAGUUCAAUCCAUGUAAUUACUAGCUUCUUUAAUAACCAUUGAAAAAUACCUAACAUGCUCAUACUAUUCUGUUUCAGAACUUUAGCAAGCUUAAAUCUAAGUGGUCAGCUAGCAUCAGACAUUGAAAAACUAUCUGAGUUGCAGAUUUUGGAUCUUUCCUAUAACAAAGACAUCACAGGAGAGCUUCCUUCAUCAAUAGGAAAUUUGAAUAACUUGACCAGCUUGAUCGUCGUAGGUUGUGGAUUUAGCGGUCAGAUACCACCCUCAAUCGGAUCCCUACAAAAGCUGGUUUACUUGUCUCUCAACUUGAACAACUUCAUUGGUGAAAUACCAGCUUCCAUUGGUAAUAUACCGAAUCUUUUUUGGCUUGAUUUAGCUGAUAACAAGCUCACCGGGAGCAUCCCCGUCUCCAAGGGAAGCACGCCAGGUCUUGAUAUGCUUGUCACUACUAAGCAUUUCCAUUUUGGAGGGAAUCUAUUGUCUGGUGAAAUACCACCUCAGCUAUUUACCUCAAAGUUAACUCUUAAGCAUUUACUUCUCGAAAACAACCAGUUUACUGGUGGAAUUCCUACCAUGUUGGGGCUAGUACGAAGUUUGGAGGUUAUACGGCUUGAUAGGAACUUGUUGAGUGGAGCUGUUCCGGGAAACCUCAACAACCUCAGUAGUGUCCAAACAUUGCACUUGGAAAACAACAAGCUGACAGGACCUCUUCCCAACCUCACUUCCAUGGAUUCCCUCAACUACGUGGACUUGAGCAAUAACUCUUUCGAAGCAACAGAUGUUCCACCGUGGUUCUCAUCUCUGCAGUACUUGACUUCACUGAUAAUGGAGAAUACACACAUUAGAGGGGAACUCCCUCAUUCUUUGUUUAGCCUUUCUCAGCUGCAAACUGUCGUAUUAAGGAAAAAUCAAAUAAGCGGCACGUUGAAUAUUGGCUCCAACCGCAACAACCAGCUGAAGCUGAUCGAUCUGCAGAACAACUUCAUUGAUGCAUUCCCUGCAAGUGAUGAUUAUAGUACUGUUGAAAUUAUACUUGUUGGAAAUCCGAUAUGUGAAGAAGGGAUCACAGAGGUCUACUGCACCAUCUCUAACGACCGGUCUAAUGACACAUACACAUCGCCACAGCAAAACUGCACACCUCUUCAAUGCAGCAAGUAUCAGAUUCUGAGCCCAACCUGCCAAUGUGCAUAUCCUUACUCGGGCACCUUGACCUUCCGGGCGCCCUCCUUCUCCAACUACGGGAACAAGAGUGUCUAUGAAUCACUUGAGCAAGCACUGAUGAACUCAUUCAAGUCUCACAACCAACCAGUGGACUCAGUUUCACUGUCUAGUCCAGUGAAGGAUUCCGUUGGCUAUCUUCAGUUGCAUCUUGAGAUCUUCCCCUACAGUCAGAUUUACUUCAACUGGACAGGGAUUGAAAGAAUAGGCUUCAUGCUAAGUAAUCAAACUUUCAAGCCCCCGCAUGAGUUUGGACCCUUUGUUUUCCACGGAAACGCAUACCAAUACUUUGCAGGAUACAUUGCAGCUUCGCGUAAAUCAAGUAUAAGCAUGGGUGUCAUUAUUGGAGCCGCACUUGGUGCAUUCAUUCUACUUCUGUUGCUGGUGGUGGCCGGAGUCUAUGCAUUCCGUCAGAAGAAAAUAGCCAAAUCAGCUUCCAAAAGGAGUGAUCCAUUUGGAUCAUGGGACCCCAAAACAGACAGUGGCGGAGUCCCACAGCUGAAAGGAGGCACAAACUUCACGUUCGAGGAAAUCAAGAAAUUCACCAACAACUUCUCUACAAGCAAUGAGAUUGGAAGUGGUGGCUAUGGAAAGGUGUAUAGAGGAACACUUGUGAAUGGACAGCUAGUUGCAAUAAAAAGAGCUCAGCAAGGGUCAACACAGGGGUCAUUGGAGUUCAAGACUGAGAUUGAGCUUCUCUCAAGGGUUCAUCACAAAAACGUUGUUGGUUUGGUCGGUUUUUGCUUCGACAAGGGAGAACAGAUGUUGGUCUACGAAUACAUCACCAACGGAACGUUGAAGGAUAGUCUCACAGGGAAAACGGGGAUCAGGUUGGAUUGGAGUAGAAGGCUGAAAAUAGCACUCGGGGCAGGGAGAGGUGUGCACUAUUUGCACGAGGAAGCAAACCCUCCCAUCAUACAUAGAGAUAUCAAAUCAAACAACAUCUUAUUGGAUGAUCGUUUGAGUGCCAAAGUAGCAGAUUUUGGUCUCUCUAAGUGUAAGCCAAUGUCUGAACAGGACAAGAGUCAUCUCACCACUAAUGUCAAAGGCACAAUGGGUUACUUGGACCCUGAGUACUACAUGACGCAGCAGCUGACUGAGAAGAGUGACGUCUACAGCUUUGGAGUGAUGAUGCUGGAGCUUCUGACGUCCAAGGCCCCCAUCGUGAAAGGGAAAUACGUCGUGAGGGAGGUCAAGGAGGCGCUGGACAAGAGCAAGAACUUGUACAACCUGGAGGCCAUGUUGGACCCCAUAGUGGCGUCCAACAUGGCGCCCGGGAGCGUGGAGAGGUUCGUUGAGAUGGCGCUGAGGUGUGUCGAGGAGUCGGGUAGUAGUAGGCCGAACAUGAGUGAGGUGGUGAAAGAGAUAGAGAAGAUCAUGGGUCUUGCAGGGCUGAAUCCAAGUAAUGAAUCUGCAUCAACAUCAGACAACUAUGAAGGAACUAGUAAAGGAUCCAAGGAUCCUUAUGCUAUUGAGAGCCUGCUUUCAUACAGUGGGUCAGAAUCCAAAUAGAAGAAAUGAAUGUGUAUCUGAAACUGUUCAAACCUUUCCACUUUUAUUUAUGAUUUGUGUUUUUUCCA